AUGUCAGAUUCACUCGAUCUUUGUAAAGCAUUAUAUGAAGCUGGUUGGCAAUCGUGUUCAACUUUAGAUUCAACUCUGGAAACUAUUAAACAAUGCACUAUUCAAGAGGAUGCUGUGGCUAGGACUUUGGGUAUGAUGGCAAGAACUCAAUCAACAAUGACACAAGGGACAUCUUGGAAUUUAGCUCAUUUUGUCAAGGCCAAUGAACAUUUACAAUGGGACUUGGUCAUCAAGUAUCUAGAUCAUCCUGAUUUUGUUAUAUGUGAUGCUCCUGGAUUAAAACUUAUCUUUGAUGCCUGGAUUUUUGCUGAAAAGGAUAAGGCCUUCCCUGUAUAUUUAUUUCAUCCAAGUAUUAUCACCAACAAAAAAUCUAUUCGCGACAUUGAUAUUCAAUCUUUACAUGUCAGCGUUCGAUCAGAAGCUACGCAUUUGGCAACACAACCUUUGAAUUAUUUGGAAUUAGUGAAAGCACUUAUUCGUUUAUAUGAUACUGCCGUGGCCGAAGAUGUACGGAUUUUGAUGGAUCGCUUGUCUAUUCAAGCACCAGAGUUACUAUUACUUGGAUUAGCUCAAACUCAACCUUUACAAAAUCAAUUACAUCGUGAUACCUUACUCAAAUUGCUCAACAUCUUCUUGAUUGGACAUGCAAAUUCUACUUUGGUCAUUAUGCUACUUUGGAAACUUUGUCCUACUUUACUCAUGGAAGGAUUCUUAGCCUUAUAUAAGAAAGAUCCAUCAUCUGUUUCUCGUAUUUUGGAUGUAUCUCAAGAAGCGAAAAUUUUAGUACAUGUACUCAAGAUUGAAGUACCUUAUUUUGCUUUGGACCUUGCUUCAUUGGCUGCUCGUCGACAACAUCUGAAUCUGGAAAAAUGGUUAGUAGAAGGACUUUCCCAGGACAACAGUAAUACACUUAUGGCUAAAUGUAUCGACUUUCUGGAAAAGAAAUACAUGAUGGAAGUGGCUAGACAAUCUGGUGCUAAUGUCGUAUCAACACUUCAUCUAUCAGUGGAGGUUAUAAGUACUUUCUUGCGCGUUUUGAAGGAAAGAGUCACCCAACCUAUUGACAGUGCAAAAGUGGCCCAGCUUGCUCAAGCUUACUCAAAGAUCUACCCUCAAUUAUUGGAAAACACUGCUUCUUCAACUAAACCUGCGACUAGUAGUGAUGUGGAUGCUGAUCGAACUUACUCCUCAGAAUUCGAAGAUAGUGUUAGACGAUAUUUUGAACGACUUUAUACAAAGGAAACAAGUCCUAGUCGAUUUGUCUCUUUACUCAAGACCUGCCGGAACUCUUCUGAUCAAAAUCAACUUGAUUUUUUUUCUUGUACUAUACAUACCUUGUUGGAUGAAGCCAGAUUCUUUGAUCAAUAUCCUGACAAUGAACUUCUUGUUACUGGGGAACUCCUUGGACUUUUAGUGGAUAAUCAUAUGGUGUCUUAUGCUCAGUUACGUAUUGCUCUCAAGUGUAUUUUAGAUGCUGCGAACCACAAGGUCGAUUCGAAAAUGUUCAAAUUUGCUAUCCAGGCUCUUCUUCAAUUCCGUGGACGAUAUCAUGAAUGGCCUCAGUAUGCUCUACUUCUCUCAAAAAUCGAAGGUUUGAAAGGUUAUCCACUUAUCAGCAAUAGCAUCACAUCAGCACUACAACAGAUCGGUCAAAAUGAGCAAGAACAGAGCGCGAAUAAGGACAAUAACACAUCCAACAAACAAGAUGGCACUAACAAGGUAACAACAACGAAUGGACAAGACUUGGCACCUGAUGUUUCAAGUUUAUUGGGAAAAUCAUCUUCAACUGGAACAACUCAAGGCUUACCGUCCAACAAGGUACAAGAACGCGUGUCUUUUCUGAUCAACAACCUUUCUCUUGGUAAUAUGGAUACCAAAUAUCCAGAAUUAUUGAAACUUUUGAAUGCGUCUACUUGGCCUUGGUUUAGUCACUAUCUUGUAGUCCGUCGUGCCAGUAUCGAACCCAACAAUCACGACUUGUAUAUAUCUUUACUCAACCAACUUGAUUUGCCUCAGCUCAAUGAUAUUAUUAUUGAAGAAACAUAUUCCAACAUUAGGGUAUUACUUCAAUCGGAAGGAAUUGUAUCAUCAUCAGCGGAUCGAAAAUUAUUGAAGAAUCUGGGAAUUUGGCUAGGAAAACUCACUAUUGCAAAAAACAAACCAAUUCGUCAUAAAGAUUUAUCAUUCAAGGACCUAUUAUUGGAUGCUUAUGAUAAAGAUCGAUUGAUCGUGGCGAUUCCAUUAUGUUGUCAAGUUUUACGUCAAGCAAGCGCCAGCAAAGUCUUCAAACCACCCAAUCCAUGGAUUAUGAGCAUCUUGAAAUUGUUGGCUGAACUUUAUUGGACUGACAAAUUACGUUUGAACCUCAAAUUUGAAAUUGAAAUCCUCUUUGACAAUUUAGAACUGGAUUUGAAUGAAAUUGAAUCAACCUCUUUAUUGGAAAAACGAACACAAAUUCUUCACGAACAACAAGAACAACAACAACAACAACAACAACAACAACAACAACAGCAACAACAACAGCAGCAGCAGCAGCAACUACUACAGCAACAACAGCAACAACAACAACAACAACAACAACAACAACAACAACAACAACAACAACAACAACAACAACAACAACAACAGCAACAGCAACAACAACAACAACAGCAACAGAUAUUACAACAGCAGCAACAACAACAGAUAUUACAGCAACAACAACAGCAACAGUUACAACACCCACUUGGAUUACAAUUACCAAAUGGACUCCCUCCCGUACUUCCUGUCGACGUCUCACCACCAAUCACGAGUCAAACUCAACGCUCCCCUAGGAUCAAUAACAGUCAAUCAGAUGAAAGACCAGAAGUAGAUGUUUUACCUCUUCUGAACAGGCUACAAUUCAACCCAGCUAUAUCACAGUUCAUUGCUCAACAACCACUCAUCAAAGUCACCAUCUUUCGCGCCAUCUCGGAAGCAUUUGCUGCCGUAGUGCCUCCUGCCAUUGUGACUUCAUCCAACAUCGCUGCUAUAUCCACAAAGGAACUGAUUUUGAAGGAUUUUGCUACCGAACCUGAUGAAAUGAAACUCAAAAGAGCUGCUUACUCAAUGAUACAACCUCUUGCUGGAAAUCUUGCCGUCGCUACCUGCAAGGAACCAUUAUAUAAUGCCAUGAUUGGUACGAUGCGCGAUCACCUUUCUCAGGCUGGAUUACCGGAGUCAUUGUCUGAUGAAAUUGCAGCUACUGUGGUAUCUGAUAACUUUCAACUUACUUGUCUCUUUGUGGAACAAUUGGCUCACCUACGUGCAAUUGGCGACAUUGAUCGGGCGCUGUCUAUGUCUUAUGCGAACAGAGCUUCUCAUUUAGAAGAGCGACGUGGCGAUACUUAUUUUGACCCCUUCAGUCGUAAAAGUACAACACGAUACUAUUUACCUGAACCUUUACAAACGCAUGGUCCUGUUACUCCUGAACAGAUGUUUCUCUAUGAAUCAUUCAAUCGUCCUGCAUACAACUCUACUCAACAACCAAUAGCAGCUCCACCUGUACAACAAGGACCAAUAUUGAAUUCACCUCAGGUUUCAUCUGUUCCUGUGAAUGACAAAGCAGCUGCUGCCAACACUUUAUCUGUAAAAUUGGAACAAAUGCUUCUUGAAAUGGAUCGAAUGAUUAGACAAAUCAACGCAACCUCCAUCUCCUCUCUCCCACCCAACCACGAUCUCUUUCUGUUGAUACGCCAAAUCCCAUUGAUGAUAUCGCAGAGUUCAGCACCAUUACCAUCUGUGAUGAACUUUGUAGAAAAAGUGGUUUAUAUGUUAUAUGAAAGUGCUAGUACAUUUGGUCGUGAAAUUUAUGUUUUCUUUUUGCAAACCUUACUUGAUAUCUCUCAAGAAGUAACUCAUGAAACUUUGGCAUGGUUUUUAUAUGCGGAUGAUCAAAGAAAAUUUAAUUCAGAGGUUUUAGCUACUCUGGUGCAGCACGAUGUUAUUCCAGCAGAAGAAUAUGAUACCCAUUUGGCUAAAAUGAUACAAAACAAGGUGAAAGGCGCCGUUGAAUUUGCCAUGGACUUUAUACAAAAGUGUUAUUUGACUGGUCGACCUGUAACAGUCUUGGAAGACCACGUUCUUACUAUAAGAGCACUCGGUCAAUGUAAUACGGAAGAAGCUUCAACAAGUAUUACUACUUUUAUGGACAAUUUGAAACAAAACUUCAAGUCAUUGUACGGUGAAACGAAUAAAAAUGAGAAAUAUUUGGAAAUACGCUUAUUAUUGGCAGAAUGGAUUCGACUCGAUCAACAUCCGAUGGUUACUGACGAUAUUUGUCGUUCUUUGGUGAAAAAGGUUGCUCUGAUCACUCAAGAUUCUGAAAGUUUAUGUUUUUUUGUUCGGGUAUGCACAGAAGUAUGUGUGGAUCAUUAUAUGUCUCAGCAAUCACCGAAUACAGCACAUCAAAGACGAGCAGUUGGUAUUAUUGAUGCAUACGCGAAAUUGGUCUCAUGCAUGGCAACAUCAGAUUCUGGCGAAAAUAACAACAACAGCAACAAGUUCAAGGUAUUUGGGAAAGCCCUUUCGGUCAUUGUUCUGGUUCUUGCUCAUCAUCAUGAGAGACUUGGUGGCGACUUUAAUCAAAAGCCCUUUUUACGACUCUUGACAUCUUUGUAUGCUGAAAUGCAUAAAUAUAUGGAUCAUAAUCUACUUAUCGCCUUUAGUGAUACUUUACUUACCCUUCAGCCAAGUGAUUUUCCUGGAUUUGCUUUUGCCUGGUUACAAUUAGUUUCCCAUCGAAGUUAUCUUCCUCAGCUAUUAGCAACGGACGAGAACAAAGGAUGGACGAUUUGCCGACGUUUGAUACUUGGACUCCUAGGAUUCUUGGGACCACUUUUGGAACAACAAAACCUGGAUAGAGCUACGAAAACCUUCUAUCGAGGCACAUUACGUGUGUUUGUGGUGUUACUUCAUGAUUUUCCUGAGUUCCUAUGUUACUAUUAUACUGUCUUGUCGCAAGCCAUUCCACCAUCUAGUAUCCAAAUGCGAAACUUGGUAUUAAGUGCAUUUCCACGAACGAUGCAUCUCCCUGAUCCCUUUACUCCCAAUUUGCAACUGGACGAUUUGCCUGAAUCCAAGGUUCAUCCAUCUCUGGACAACAGCUAUUUGGAUGUCAUAUCUGAAUCUGACAUUGUAUCGGCCUUCGACAAUUUUAUAGAUCAUUAUGGUGACGACUUUGAUUGCAACGCAAACAACAAUAAGAAUAAUCAGGCAUUGAAGGUACUCUUGGACAAAGUGACGGUUGAGAUGAAGGAAUUAUUGAAGAAAGGACAACUCUAUGGAAGUCAAGCUCUUGGAGCAUUUGUGUUAUACGUUGGUGACAAAGUUUCUGAUGCUACGGCAUUUGUUGAUGGCAAUUUGGCUUUGGUACUAUACAAGCAUCUGUUAGCAAAUUUGGAUAAUGAAGGUCGAUACUUAUUACUUGGAUCAUUGGCGGAUCAUCUGCGAUAUCCCAACAGCCAUACAUACUUCUUUAGCCAGGUGCUCAUACAUUUGUUUGAAAAGGAAAAGGAAAAGAUCAAAGAACAAAUCAUCCGAGUUUUGUUAGAAAGGUUGAUUGUUAACAGGCCACAUCCUUGGGGUUUAUUAUCACUCUUUAUUGAUUUGAUGAAAAGUGAUGAUUUCUGGAAACAUGACUUUAUCCAAUGCUCUCCUGAAAUCGAACAAUUGUUUAGUAACGUGUCAAGAUCGAUCAAUCACGCAACAUGA